GUGAAGUACGCCAAGGACACGCGCUACGGCGGCACCGGCCUUUCCACGCACGACAGGAGCACCAUGGAGGCGCUGCCGGCCUGCCUCCUCAAGGACGUCUACCAGGAGGCGCUGGGCUCUGCCGUCAUCGGCAUCGACGAGGGGCAGUUUUUCCCAGACAUCGUGGAGUUCUGUGCGACGAUGGCUAACGCUGGGAAAACUGUCAUUGUUGCUGCUCUGGACGGCACCUUCCAGAGGAAGGCCUUUGGGAGCAUCCUGAACCUGGUGCCGCUGGCGGAGAGCGUGGUGAAGCUGAACGCCGUGUGCAUGGAGUGCUACCGGGAGGCCUCCUACACCAAGAGGCUGGGGGCGGAGCGGGAGGUUGAGGUGAUUGGAGGAGCAGACAAGUACCACUCUGUGUGCCGUGCCUGCUACUUCCGCAAGCGGCCCCAGCAGCCGGGCUCAGAGAACAAGGAGAACGUGCCCCUGGGGGCCAGGCCGCCCCCCGCCCCCGUCUCACGGCAGAUCUUUGCCUCCUGA